AAGAUACGAUUGGGUCUGUCGUAAACAAGGAAGAAAUAUUAUAGAAAUAAAACGAAACUGUGGAAUAUAACCAGAUAUUACGAUAUACGAUACAAGGAGUGGAAAAUAACGUGCAUAACAUUUUAGAUAAAGUGCUUGAUUUUUGUGUUGGCAUUUGAAAUGACAUAAACAUGAGCUAUACAGACAUAACCAUGAGCUCUGAAAGUAAAGAAAUAGAAAGUAUCGAAGGUGCAGUUGAACAGAGAAUAUAUGUUAAUGGCAGAUCAAGACACUCAAACGUUGGUAACAAUCAGCAUGUUGACAAUAGAAGUUUACCAGGGUUACAAGAGUUUCAUAAGAAGUCGUCUGCAGCUGACCUUAGAUCCCCAUCACCGUGUCCCGGAAGUAGAGCUUCGUCGGCAGAUAGCAUGCCUAUAUCAAAUCAAAGUGCGGUCCAGUUAAAAGAUGAUAUUAUUAAAGAAAUUAAGACAGAAGUUAUGAAACCAAUCCAAGUCAUGUAUUCAAAUAUCCUCGAAGAAAUACGAACUUUGAAACUUAGAAGUGAGACUGUCAGAGCAGAUGUUUCGUGUCAGACUGACUUUCCAGGUGAUAAACAGUUGUCGGCUGCCUGCAACACGAAUUCAGCUGCAUUGGGUGGACCACACAGUCUAUCUGGUUCGGAAACUCCAGAUUUCACCACUGAAGACGUUGAAAAUGACAUGUCAACUACAACUACGGUUGAUAAGAAGCCAAUUCCGUUAUUAAGGAAAGAUGAUUACAACAAUCGCAAGACAUCUACCUUGCCAAGAACAACUCAAACUUCAAAUAAAUUCCGAAGUAACUCAUCCAAGACAAGGGGACAAAUCGUACAAGUUAGGCCUAGACCAAAAUCCGAGGUGAAUCCAACAAUAGUUAAUACAGUCGAUAAAAGAGAAAGUCUUGCAAACGCUCUACAGUUUCAUAUUGAGGACAUUGUUGAUGGGCUAGCUUUUAAUGAGAGCGAUCUUCUUGACUGCAUUGUAAGGGAACGGUAUCUGACAGAGGACGAAUACACAUUGAUUAAAAAAAUGAGUGACAGGAAAGACCAAAUUAGAGCUCUUGUAAGCACCAUCAAAGGACGUGAUCUACAUGUUUUGGAAGGAUUCGUGAAACACAUCAAACAACGUAUUCCAGCAGUCGCUGAAAAGUUUGAAUGCAAUAUGGGUGACGGUGCGAAUGGAAAUACUUGCGGCCUUUGUAAAUUAAAGACACAGUUCAAUGUUAAACAUGUGGUUGAUAGUUUGUGGUCGAUACAAGUUAUAGAUGAUGGCAUUUACAAUCAAAUAAUUUCUUCUGUUGCAACUGUAGGAGCACAAAGUACAUUAUGGGUGGACAUAUUUAAUUCUCUGAACAGUCUUAAUCCCGAAAAUGCUAAAUUGGCUCACGCAAAAUUGUUGAAGGCAGUCUCAGAAGAUCACAUGCUUAUGCAUUUAGAAAAAGAUAUAAAAGAACUGCUGAUUAAGAAUCAUGGAAAGCUGAUUUGCUCGUGUGAACCGAGAUUCAAUUUACCUAACACAGAUUCAGUUAUGCUUCCGACGUCAGGCCGAUCUGUUUUACAUAAUUCUAGUUCCACAUUCAGCAAAAAUGGGAGAUCAAAUGGUUCUGCACCUGGUUGCACAAAAUCUAACAUCUCCGAAGAAACUAGCAUACAGACAGCACCUUCAACCACUUUUUCAAGAGGACAUGAUAGAAAAGGCAGUGAUAAUUCCUUAAAGCCCCCGCCUCUUCCGAAAAGACCAUCGUUUGCAAAGAAUUCUGCAACGGAUGAUCUUUCAACGAAAAUGCCUUUCAAUGCUCUCGAGCCUUCAAGUUCAAAAGAUGUUUCAGUCCCCUCUGCGACCCAAAUUCCAAAAGCAAUGUCAUUACCUGAUCGGUCGUCACUGAACACGUUUUUCAAACAUUCAACCAAAUCAAAAACAUCGAAAGAGCACAAUACUGCAUCACAGACAUUGCUAGGUCCCCCGACAAAUGAUAAGAAAACCAUGGAAACACAUGAUGAAACUCCUUCAGCGAGCGGAAUUCCGCCUCUGCCUGUUAAGAAAAACAAAUACUCAGCCUGGAAAAGAGCCGAUGAACAGGGCCCAUCUUAUGUGUGACAUAUUGCAAGACAAAUUAUAUUACAACAUGACGAAACAUACAUGUUUACUACUAGAUUGUGACCUAUAUUCAGUGUUAAUUUUGAAACAUAACAUCAUAUGACAAACGUUUUACCAAACUUUGAGUAACGGCAAACAGAUUUAAUGACAGUUCAUUCCCGGGAAAAUUAUUGUAACUUGUGUCUUUGAUGGAUAUCUUAAAAUAUAACGACUUUGGAGAAGUUACAAAACAGCUUGCACAAUGGAAUAAAUACUCUCUUGAAAGUCAGUCAUUGAAAUCGCUGUAAGACUUUGGUAAAUUGUUAUUACUAACCAAAGCGCUUAAAGCACUGAUGAUGACUACAAUUGCUGCUAAAAUAUUUGUAAAAUAAUGGAAAGAAAGUGAUCAAGUGACCUAGUUUUUUAUCCAAAAUAAUACGGUUUCGAACAUCGCUUAGAUUCCAUGACUACAAACAUACUACCCAGGUUUCGUGUAGAUUAGAUAGAAUUACAGGCUUUUACAGUGGGCAUAAGGUUUUCUAUGACUGGCCAAGUUUGUAAACUAAGAUGACCCAGUUUCUAACUUAGUUUGAACAUAUUUAUUCCACAUAAAUGUACAUAUAGUAAUAUAAACAUGUAUUACAUCUGAAUAGAUAGGAUUAGAAUGAAAAACAGUGUCUUAUAGAAUUCUUCUUCCAUGUUUUUACUUGAAGUAUAUCGAGGGUUCAACGCAAUAAGGGCGUAUCUACAUAUAAAAACUAUAUGUAGAUACGCCCUUAUUGCGUUGAACCCUCGAUAUGUCAUUUAAAUUAGGUUGAAUGGGGUCUACAUUUGUAUCAACCCUGACAUAUAUUUAAAAAUAAAUUUCGCUGAAGAGGAGGAGCAGAAUACAUUUUUUGAAACAGUUAAUUUUUAAAACGUGCAAAUCGUUGGUCAAAAUGUACAGUGAUGCCUAAUUCUUUACACAGGCUUGUCACAAAUAGACAGUAUGUGAUUGCUCGUGCAUAUAAGAGCACCGUUUUGCACGAGGUUCGUUUAUAUAACUCCAACAUGCUUCAUGUACCUUUGUCGUAUUAAGUUGUUGUUCUGAUUACUGGUAUUACAUAGAUUUAUUCGAAUAUACCAUAUUCAUGUUUCAGACUAUGUUUUAAACAGUUUUUUUUUUGUUUCUAGAACAGCGUUAUUUUAAUUGUGACAUUGAAUUUAAAACUCCAUUCGACUGUGUGCAUCACUGAUACAAUACAGUUUGUUUUGGUAGCAUGGAAAAUUUGAAAAUACACUGAAGUGUUGGUAUUAUUCUAUUCAAUAAUUUGUCACAAUGGGGAUUAAAAUAAUGCAAAAACA